AUGACGGGCCUCGAGAUCCCCGAGACUGGGCUGUCUCUCCGCCCCGGAGAUCAGCCGGGUGACGCAGCCGCCAAACCGGCCCAGUUUAUGCGGCUGAACCUCGCGCAAAACACACUCGACGAACUCAUCUCCAGCCUCCGAACGGAUGAUUCUACUGUCAAAGUCCGCCUGGGAAAACACCCUACCCUCCAUUACGGCACCAAGACCCAAUCCUUCCACGCAUACCCUGAAACUCACCGCUCCGAGAUCUACCACACCUCCGAUGACAAGCAAAACCUCUACUUUACUGGUGUUUUGAGCCACCGUCUCGAAGUCGAAAAGGCCAGGGAAGCGACUGCGGCCACCGAUCAGGCCCUGGCUAAUUUGGAGGAAAGCCUCAAUGCCUUCGAGCGAGGCAAGGCCUCCAAGUCAACACACAUGAUUCAAACCCCCGAUGAAUUGAAGGCUCUCCGUGCGGCAAACUCUGGAAGCACCAUGCAUCGAGGCUCACGAAUCAAGUCGGUCUUGGAAAAAGAUCGAUUGAUCCGGAAUGCCGGCAACCGGUCUCUGACUUCGAGUCCGACCUUGGGCACACCCAGGUCUCCUCUGCCGGGGAUGACCCCAACCUCUGCACCGUCCUCGCAGCCCAAGGACAAUGCUCGCCUGCAGGCCCUGAAGACCCCCCUCAUCCACCUCCUCGCGAUCCGUCCCGUGUCGACCAAGUUCCUUGCCCGUCAGACCCGAUCCACGAUCGAGGACUGCAUCGCCCUCGUCCAGAAAUACGGCACCGAGAAUCGCAUUGACCGCGAGAAGUACGAUUUGAAGGACAAAUUCUACAAGGACCUGGACGUGUGGAAAUUCCCCUACCCGAACCAAGAUGACCGACAGGCUGCUAUUGACAAGGCGAUCUCUGCCUUUGAUCGCAUGCGCCUCUCGCGAACGGACAAGCUGUGGCAGGGUUUGCUGCCAAAGGAGGAACGGGGCAAAGGGAAAUGUUUGUCGAAGCUCAAUCUCCAGAGCAACCUCCAGAGUGGACUUGCGGGUAAGAAGCCCGCCACGCCACGGCUGGGCAUGGAUGGUGCCGACGAUCGGAAAGACGGUGACACUACUGGCAAUGAAACCGAUCGCCCCAAGGGUACCUCUGCUGCGGCUGUCAAGAAGUCGAGUACCCCGGCAGCCAAGGCACGAGCAGAAAAGGAACCCGCCAAGCGAACUCCCAAGAACAAGAAUACCAACAGUACUUUGACCGGCCGAAUCACCAAGAAGACCGGUGGAAAACCCGCAGCAAAGGCGGCUGCGGUCGAGACCAAGUACAAAUCUGCCGAAUUCGUUCACGAUUCGGACGAUUCUGACGAUGAAAUGCCGGAUGCCUCGCCCCCUCCUGCACCAGCGCCUGCACCCGCACGAGCUUCCUCGCCAGCUCCGGCUCCUACUCCAGCCGACCGCCCGAAGCCAGCCAAGAAGAUGACGCAGCCCCCAGCGAAGAAGCCCGCACAAGCCCCGACCAAGCCUCGAGCGAAGGAAGAUACACCUGCAGCCCCGAUACCCAAGGUCUCCAAGGUCUCCAAGGUCGAGGCACCCACUCCCAAACUCGAAUCUACAAAGGCAGCGGCCAAACGACUUCCCUCCGCCCGACCCUCUACUUCCCCUCGGAAGCCGUCUCCCCUCUCAUCUCCACCGGCCAGUGCCUCCAAUGCGACCGGUCGCAGCCGCUCCGACAGCCAGAACCAGUCUUCCAGCUCUUCAUCAUCCUCCCCACUUAUCUCCCAACUUGGCCGGGCCAAGGCCUCAGGAGCAGUAUCUGGCCUUUCGAGCUCCACGCGGCCAGCCAAUGGCACCGGCAAAGGAGGACCCGCUUCCGUCAACCCCUUGAAGCGCAAGGCGGAACCCGAGCGACCGGCAGCCCCGACUCCCAUGGCCGCCCGCGCGACGACUGGCAGCAAUGAUCCCAAGCGGCGCCGAGCGGUCAGUACCUCCAGCGGGGGCAGCACGGGCAGCGCAUCUCCACCCAUGAGCCACAAAGUCGCGCAGCGGCGACUGUGGGACAAGUCUCAGCGGUUCAAGAAAGCUUAUGCCAAGUACCACUCCUUGCAUGACUCCCUGGCGGGCCAGGCCAACCCUCGACCGGAAAUGAUUACGAAACUGGAAGGUUGGCACGAGCAGCUGACGCAGAUGAAGAAUGAGAUCUGGCAGGAAGAUCGAAAACUCCGUGACGGGUCUUAUUCGUGA